UAUUCAUUAUAAAAAUCUGCUCCACCAGUCUUUCAAUAACACAACAACAACAGCAACAUUAAUUCUCUCAAAAAUCACUAACAUUAUUAACACAACUACCUUAAUUCUCUCAAAAAUCAGAAACAUUAUUAUUCACAUUAUUAUUGACACAACAACAUCAUGAUGCAGUUCAACAACAACAAGAGAACACCAGCAACACCACUUUCCUUGUACGGAAACCAAUGUAAUUAUCCUCGUUACAACAAGACACCGUCGAAGGUGGUUUCAAUUCCAGUUCGUUUUGUUGGGUCAGAGAGAAACAGAGCCGAUUCAGCGACGAAGAUUCAGAAGGUUGCAAGAGGGUUUCUUGUGAGGAAGAAUUUGAAGAAGAUGUUGAAGAUUAAGGUGGAAUUGGAGGAGAUUGAGAACAAAGUGAAUAAUGAAGAAACGGUGAAGAUGAUGAAGAAGGAGCAAAAGGAGAAGAUAAGGAUUGGUGAAACUAUCAUGAAUUUGCUUCUUAGGUUGGAUUCUGUUAGAAUUUUUAAUUGUUGUUAUGCUCUUAGGGACUUAAGAAAGUUGCUUAUCAAAAGGGCUAUUGUUCUUCAAGAAUUUGUUGAUCAAAUUCAAAUGAUGACAAUUAAGGUUGAAGAUGAAAAUGGUGAGGGUAAGUGUGAUGGGGUUGAAGAGAUUUGUUUGGAGAAGGAAGAAGUGGGGAGUGAAGAGGAGAAUGAGGGUGGUAAAAAAAUUGAAGCUUUGGUGAAUAGCAUGGAGAAGGAAGAUGGGGGGUGUGAUGAGAAAAUUGAGGGAGGUGAAAAAAUGGAUUCUUUGGUGAAUGAGGAGAAGGAUGUGGUUGGUGGUGAGGGUAAAUAUGUAAAAGAAGAAGAGAAUUGUUUGAUAGAGGAAAAGGAAGAUGAGGAUGAGGAGAAGAUGGAGGUUGAAGAAGAGAAGGAAGAGAGUGUGGGAACAAGUUUAGUGGAGGAGGAGGGAAUUGAGGUGGAUAGUGUGGUCGUGAAAGAAGAGGAGGGUAAAAUUGGAAUUGAAUGUGAGGAGGUUGAUGGGAAUAGGAAAAUGUUGAAAAGGAUGAUGGAGGACAAUGAGAAAAUGAUGGAUAUGAUGGCACAAUUGUUUGAGAGAAAUGAGAAGCAAACAUCACUACUUACAUCUCUCACACAAAGGGUGGAGCAACUUGAGAAAGCAUUUAUUUGUGAUAAGUUGAGUAAGAAGAAUAAAAGGAGGAAUGUUGAUGCCAAACAUAGAUGCUAUAAUGGUUACAUAUGAUGAUGAGUUUUGAUUUGAUUUGUAAUUUUGGCUUCUCUUUUGUAAUGUAUUUUGUUGUUUCUCAAGUAAGUUUUUAUUGUUAUCAAUGUAACUAACUUCAUUGAACUUUUUUGCCAAUGGCCUUUUGAA